AUGUCGGCUUCCACGGUGUCCAUCACGGCGACGAACCCAGGGGCGCGUCGGAGACCGGUGCUCGCCGCCGAGAAGAAAACCACCACCAACAUCGAACUCCUCGCCAACGACGUCGCCGUCUCUCCCGUCGUCGCGACUUCCGGCGACGGCGCCGGGCGCGACUUCAGCCACCACUCGAUCCGCGGUGAGGCUCUCUCCGACCGGAUCCCCCGGGAAUUGGCUCCGGCAAAGAAGGUCGCCGGGGCCGGUGGAAACUCGGCUUUGGCUCCGACGCGGCGGACGCGGAAGUCCGCCGUGAAAGCCGAGAAGCCACGGUGGCUCACGGUGGUUAGCAUUUUCGGGAAGAAUUUGGUGCUGUUGGUGGUGCUUGCCGGGCUGGUUCAGUUGAUCCGGCGGCUAGCGUUGAAUUCCGGUGACGCCGCGGUCGGAGGGUAUGCCGGGUUUUCGGAAUUCGAGGGGCGGAUUUCGGAUGUUGAGGGGUUGUUGAAAAAAACAGCAAAGAUGAUUCAAGUGCAGGUUGAUUUGGUGGAUAAGAAGAUUGAGGGCGAGGUCAGAGGGUUAAGGAAGGAAUUAAAUGAGAAAAUUGAGGAGAAAGGGAUGAUUUUGGAAAGUGGAUUGAAGAAAUUGGAGGCAAGGAGUGAGGAAUUGGAGAGGUAUUUGAGUGAGUUAAAAGGGGAGGACUGGUUAUCAAAGGAAGAGUUUGAGAAAUUUGUUGAGGAAGUGAGGAGUGUGAAGGGAGGUGGGUACCAGGGUGGUGGUUUGGAUGAAAUAAGGGAUUUUGCAAGGGGAGUGAUUGAGAAGGAGAUUGAGAAACAUGCUGCUGAUGGGCUUGGGAGAGUGGAUUAUGCCCUAGCCAGUGGCGGAGGCGCAGUGGUGAAGCAUUCGGAGGUGUAUAAUACAGGGAAGGGAAAUUGGUUCAAGUCUGUUAGGAGUGGUGUCCACCCCACUGCGGAGAAGAUGUUGAAACCGAGCUUUGGCGAGCCCGGGCAGUGUUUCCCUUUGAAGGAUAGUAGAGGGUUUGUUCAGAUUAGGCUGCGCACUGCCAUCAUUCCUGAGGCUGUCACCUUGGAACAUAUAGCAAAGAGCGUUGCAUAUGACAGAUCAAGUGCCCCUAAAGACUGCAGGGUCUCUGGUUGGCUGCAGGGUCUUAAUGCUGAUUCUGCAAUUGACACUGAAAAGAUGUAUCUUCUAUCAGAAUUUACGUAUGACCUUGAGAAGAGCAAUGCUCAAACAUUCAACGUGUUGAAUUCCGCAGCUUUUGGUGUCAUCAACACGGUAAGGCUCGAUUUUACAUCCAACCAUGGAAGCCCUUCACACACGUGUAUAUAUCGGUUCAGAGUUCAUGGUCGUGAACCAGACUCGGUUUCUAUGAUGGCAGUGGAAUCAUAA